GCUUUCCCCCCUAGAGCGUUGCUACGGCUUGUUUGUACAGUCGAGUUAGCUGGUUUGUUACAGUUACAGCACACCGGUGAAUAUGAGUGCAAGUCCGCCAGUCUAGCCAGCAGAAUAUCUACUAGGGACGAGGGAAGGGAUUCGUUUGUUGGCUUGGUUUCUUUGAAUCCUUGGGGAUAUUCUUAUAUCUUUCCCAAUAGAGUAUAAAAUGGCAUAGAUGGAAGACAUAGUUUAUGAUUGUACCGGCCACUACAAUGAAAGUUCCAAGGGAUGUGAAAGAAGCACGGGAAGACAAUGUGAAGUGGAAAUAUGGACAUGCACGUCGAUUGGCUGGCUGGCUCUGAUUUGUAUCUAUGGUUUGAACGAUUCGAUAACAAAUCUGUUUGAUUGAAUGACGCUCCGCUGGCCCUCCGGGGGCCACUGCCGUGGGGGCAGACUAAAUAUGAAGGAAUAUGUGAAGAGGAAACACUUUUAUAUCUUCAACAUUUCGAGCGCAGCGAGCUAUGGGGGUUUGGGGGCUUGCCCCCAUCAAUACACAAUCUUCCAAGUAAUGAUAAAAUACAUCUGACAAUAUCUGUACCACCACCGUCGAAAAAAGGAACAAAUCAAAUCAAACUUCGUCAUGUCACAUUGUUCUUCCUUCUUUUUCUUUCACUCCAUAUCUAAAAGGAAAAUGAGACUUGCUAUGACUCGACCGACGCCAAAUCCACGAGGAGUCGGGACCUUGACGACAGGCACAGUCACAGUCACAGUCACAGUGAGACUUUACAUUCCACCAUUACCUCAAAUCACCCCAGCUCCCAUGUCAAACGCGCUAGGUAUAGUCAUGGACAACCAAGCCCCUGGCCAUAUUGUACGUACCGGUGAGAACCUCCCGACCGCAAGUCCCAAGUAUUUCUUGCCUCUUCACACUGGUUCGAGAAAGACUUCCCCUAUUUCAAACCCAAUACAGUGCUUGUGCAGAAAUGGCGAUUUGUCUCCAGCUGAACAUUUCACAUCAUCGACAUCUCACCAACUCAUCAGCUCUGAUACCGUGCCACGAUUCUGCACCUCGAUAACCAAUCGAUCCUUGAUCUCAAAGCCUACAGCCAUUGGAACAGCCUUGAAGAAAUACAACAGGGCAUAUGAUACAACUGACGGGGUAUCGGUAUUGCCCGGUUCCUCAGGAUGCUCACAUAUUAUUCAAUCUGUGUUGAUAUCAAAUUCUUGAUUCAAUGGUGCAGCACAAAAUAACACCUACUCAUCAGACGAUGCAACAUGAUAGAAUUGCAAGAUAUCAUGGCCAACCUCCGAAAUCUGUACACAUAUAUCACCUCAAAGAAGAAGAAUUAUUCGAGAAUACAUUACAGGUCACA